AUGAUUACGCCAACGCUGGUCUUGCUCGCAGCUGCGCUAGCUGAGGCCGCACCCACUGGUAAACAAACAAAACUCAAGCAAGCAGAUGUGUCCAAGAUUGGAACCCAAGAAGGCUUGUUUCCUUACUUGGCUGGCUCAGGUCCUCACUUUGACUAUCCCGUGAGCUACGGUGUUUCCAAAGAUAUCCCUGAAAAAUGUACCCUGCAGCAGGUUCAAUUGUUUGCUCGUCACGGAGAGAGAUACCCAACCAAGAAGAAAGGUGAACAAAUCGCUGAAACUUACUACAAGCUCAGCAACUACACCUCCACUCUCUCGGGCGACCUAUCUUUCAUUGACGAGGACUACGAGUUUUUCGCGCUAAACUCCAAGAACUUUGAAGAGCUCACUACUUGGGACAACAUCCAGGAUCCCAUCAACCCUUAUGUAGGUGAGUGGGAUGCCCAAAAACACGCUCGUGCGUUUCUACAUGAGUACGAAGAGCUAUUGGAAAACACUACCACGUUUCCAAUUUUCACUUCGAACUCCAAGAGAGUUCACGACACCGCCAAUUAUUUUGGCAAAGCGCUCGGUGACAAGUACAAUGUGAGUCUGCAAAUUAUCGACGAAGAUGCCUCUUCUGGUGCCAACACCUUGACCCCAAUCAAAUCGUGCUCUACUUACAAUGAUACUGAGAAUGCCGGCGUCUACUCCAAAUUCUCUGAGAAAUAUCUAUCGGAUAUUGCUCAUAGAUUGAACAAACAGAACCAAGGUUUGAACUUGACCAAAAAAGACGCUACCAACUUCUACAUCUGGUGCGCCUACGAAAUAAACGUUAAAGGUUACAGUAAUGCUUGUGAUAUUUUCACGUCCGAAGAGCUGGCCUACUUUGCGUAUUACGAUGACUUGACCAGCUACUACGACAAUGGUCCAGGUAACUCGCUAGGCCCCACCGUUGGUUCUGUCAAUUUCAAUGCCUCCGUCGAACUUUUGAAACAGCACGAAGAUUUGGACCUCAAGGUGUGGUUGAGUUUCACUCACGACACUAACAUUGUCAACUACUUGGGCUCCAUUGGAAUUUUCAAUCCGGAUCAACCCAUGCCCGUCGACUACGUGCCCAUCAAAAAUCACAUCUACCAUAAAUCCUGGAUGGUUCCUCAGGGCGCCAGAGUGUACACCCAAUUGUACCAGUGCUCCAACCAAUCCUACGUGAGAUAUGUUGUCAACGAUGUGGUGAUUCCAAUAGAAAAAUGCUCUUCCGGGCCUGGAUUUUCGUGCGAGCUGGGCGAAUUCGUCGACUAUGCGCAGUCCAGAAUGAACGAUACGCACUAUGUCUCCGACUGCAAAAUCGAAAGCACGAGCAACCAAACGGCGCUAACCUUCUACUGGGACUACGAGCAGAAAAACUACAAUGCGAGCCUAAUUCGCAAAUAG